AUGGAAAUAGAACUUUUUAGUGAAGACUGGACCUUGAAGGCUUUAGGUCGUGAUAGCUCUAACCUUUGCCUGAAACCAAAGCAAGUCAUAUGUUUGGAAGCUUUGUUAAAGGGGAAUGAUGUGGUGAAAUGCUUGAAUAGGAUUGGUUUUUCUGCUGCUGUAUUGAAUUUGGAACAGAGGAAGUUUGAGGCAGAUGCAAGCUUGUUUGGAAGUAAUGAUGCAGUGGAGGACGACGAUGAUGAUACAAAUAUUACAAUUGAUUGUGGUAUUAAAAAUGGAGAUAUUAAGAUUUUAUAUGCCCAUCCAGAAUCUUUUUUAUCUGGUCAAGGGCGUUCAAUUUUAAAGAGCAAAAUUUAUCAACAAAAUGUGGUAGCUUGCGUGGUUGAUGAAGCGUAUUGUGUUGAAAUGUGGGGUGCUGAAAUUUGUGAAUAUUUUGGAAAAUUAUGCACACUGAAAGCUCUUUUUCCAAGCACACCCAUGAUUGCUUUGACAGCAGCUGCACCCCCAAGAAAAAUAAAAAUUUUAAAAAAGAAACUAUGUUUAAGUCCUUAUUGUAAGGUUGAUGUUGCAAAUCCAAAUAGAAAAAAUAUAUUUUUAAAGAAAAUGCCAGGACGCGGAAACAACUUUGGCUUAAGAAGCUAUGAUGAUACUUUAGUUCCCAUUGCUAAAGAACUAGAUAAAUUACGGGUUGAUUAUCCAAUGACAAUCAUUUACAUGAAGCUAAAAUAUUGUGGCUAUGCUUAUUCUUAUUAUUUCAGCAAACAGCAACUCCAAAUAACACAAAGCUAUUUUGUCAAUUUCAUGCUCCUCAAACAUCUAGAAUGA